AAUUUUCCAUGUUUUUUAAUUAAAUGCUACGCGGAACUUAACAGCAUCCGCAAUGUCGUCUUUCGUGCUCUGGAUUUUCCUAUUCUUUCCAUAUAUUUUGUGGACCCAAGCAAAUAAUAACAAGGAUGCACGCAUUAUCGGGGGUGAAGUGUCUGAAAUUGGCCAAUUUCCUUACGUCGUCGGAUUUUAUUACGACAAAGGACAAACUAGAAGUUUCUGCGGUGGUUCACUUUUGAAUGAUAAAUGGAUUUUGACAGCUGCUCAUUGCCUCGUGGAUGCAACACUGUUUACAAUUUAUCUAGGAACCAAUAAUUUGGAAGACGUAGAACGCAACGGACUAGUUCUAACGACUACCGAAUAUGUGGCACACCCUUCUUACAAUGCACAUUACUUAACAAACGAUAUAGGUCUCAUAAUUUUAGAUGCACCUGUACAAUUCACUGAUAAUAUUCAACCGAUAGAACUAUCAACUCGAACUCUUGGUGAUGCUGAAAAUGUAACCGCUGUAGGAUGGGGAGCAACAAGCAAUGCGGACCCUUCACCUAUGAUGGACUUGUCCCAUGUGUCUCUGACCACAAUAACCAAUACUAAGUGUAUCAGUAUUUACAACAGUCCAACAGUUAUCAAUAAUAAUGUGGUCUGCGUUGUUGGUAGUGGAAACGAAGGAACGUGCCGCGGAGAUGCUGGUGGACCACUGAUACAAAUUGAUGAUAAUGGGAAAAGUGUUCAAGUUGGGGUGGGUAUCUUUCACUCCGCAACAGGAUGCGAAGAUAACUAUCCUUCAGGAUUUAUAAGAACUGCAGAUUAUAUUGGUUGGAUCAAUGAUGUAAUGGAUGCAACAACAGAAAGUGUAACAGAAGAUAGCACAUCGCUAGGACCUACACAACCAGGAGACGGGGCUCCAGGGUCGGCAUCUAGUUUAACCAUAAUGUUGUCUACAAUGAUUUUGGUUUCAUUGGUUCAGUUCAUUUAGCACUCAAAAAUACACGUCGAACAGUGUAAUUUAGUCACAGUUGAUAUAUAUAUUUCCAAAUAUGUACUUCAUUACUAAUUACUAUAUACAAAUAAAUAAAGAAACUGUCAAAAAUGAAUAA